AUGAUUCUGCUCAUGUUGAUGCUGGUUUUUCUGCUUCAGAGUGGAGGCAUCAGAGGAGGCAUCUCUUACUGUGAUCUCUAUCAGAGACCUGGAGAUGAUGUCUUGUUACCCUGUCUUCAGGUGUCAUUAACGAAGACCAGAUGUUCAGAUAUUGACUGGUUUUACAACAAACAGCGAAGAAGAACUUUUCUUGAUGUUGAUGAUGGAGAAGUUGUGAAGAGCUCACCCCGAGCUGCCAGACUGAGUCUGCACACCAACUGCUCUCUGAUCAUCAAUAACAUCACAGCUGAGGACGCUGGUCAGUACACCUGUCGAUAUUUGAGGGACUCUACCUGGGACACACAGGUGUUUCUCAACAUUUUGACAAUUUCACCGUCAUCUACAGACACCGAUCCAAAUAGAGACGGAGACGUGACAUUAAGUUGCUCCCUGUUCAAAUUUGGAGGAUGGUGUGAACCCAGGAGUGUCCGCUGGGUGGAUGAGACGGGAGCUGAGCUGGUUGGUGAAGGUGAUGGUUUCAGGUAUGGAGGACAGACAAACUGUGUUUCUUAUCUGACUGUGAAGAAUCAGGCUGAACACAGCAGAAGAUACACCUGCCAGUAUGUUGAUGAAACAGGUGUGAAGAUCCAGGCUCUCUACUCAGCUGUGUCCUCAGUGUCACCAACAGAUCCCACCGACUGGCCUCCUCUGAGCUACACCAUGUGGGCUCUGCGCAUCUCAGUAUUGAUCCUCAUGAUGGUCCUCACAGCUCGGAUCAUCAGAGGCACAGGAAGCACCAGGCAGCUCCGAAACAACAGCGUUCGUUACAUCAAGACUGAUGGUGGUGGAGAAGUAAGCUGUGAAAAUGUAGAACAGCGUCUGUCUCCUUCUGCGCUGCGCUGA